ACGGUUGUCAUUACGUGAUAACGAGAUAUAAAUGUUGAAAUAACAGUGAAAGUACAAGGAAAUCGUAAAGGAUAUUUUAAAAUAUAAAUUUGUUAUUGUAAUAAGAUAAAUAAAAUAAAUACGUUAUUUAGUAUAAUAAUAAUAAUAAUUUAAAAAAAAAUAUGCUUAUCGACUUCUCAUUUCAAGAUGUAAAAAUAGAAUUUAUUCUAAUACGAUAGAUUGAUCGUGAAGUGUUUUGAAGAGCAGAUGUUAUCUGCUUGCGGUUAUUUUCAAACGUGACCGAGAUAAAUAUGAGCCCAUAAAUGUAAAAUAGUAUUAACUAUUUUACAAAAUGAGUUGUUCUGUGGAAUUAAGACAACGCAGACAACAGGGGAUGACGGAGGAUCCUCAUAGGCUUGCAGCAAUGAUGAAUAAAUCGCAGAGACUUGUUUUAGGACUUUUGGUUUUAUUGUUGGUUGAUAUUAUUUGGGUUUCAAGUUCCGAAUUGACAAAAUAUAUUUAUAAAGAAGCAGCUUUUGAAAAACCAUUUUUUAGUACAUAUAUAAAAACAUCUAUGUUUACUCUUUAUUUACUUGGUUUAUGCUUUUGGCCCCCAUGGCGGGAUCAAUGUAAUAGGCCAGCCACUUAUAUGUUCAUAGACCCAAAUGUCGAAGAUGAUAACUUCUACACAGAAGCUAAUACAAGUUUGAGUGAUCCAACAUUUGUACCAAUAAAAACACCAGAUCAUUGUGAGCGUUCUUCUGGCACGGAAAGUGACGAUUCUUCCAUUCGAUCUGUAAGAUUUAGCAAAUUAGCUGAAGUCAGACAUAUGUCAGAAACUGACGCUACAGAAGCUUUACUAGCCAGACUAAGUUAUCAAGCAAGCAUCAGAGCUGGGGAACAUGCUCGACGACAAGCUAAUAAAUUUUCUGUUCAAAAAGUAGCGAAAAUAGCACUUAUGUUUUGUUUAUUUAUAUAA